AUGCGGCAAGCCACCUGCCCCUGGCCACUGCUUCCUUAUCUCCGCAGGAUCCCCGACCGGGCAGAAGACAUGAAGGAGAGAGGGAUGCAGAAGCCCCGUUCCCUCUAUACCCACGACCACUGGGUGGAGCGUCGCAGCUUCCUCCGUCAUCUACGUCACCUCCUUUUGAGUCUAUCUUCCCGCGUUAUCCUCUCCUUGAUUCCCCCGGUGUUUACGCUCACUGCCGUGGAUGCAACCCUAGCCGUGUACGAUUCGGCAGUCCGCUGGAUGGCUCCCCCGAGUUCCUCCCGCUUCUGAGGGCGCCUCCACUCCCCUACCAGCUUACAGCCCUCGCUUUGGCGUUACUGCUAGCGUUCGGGGCUGAAGCAUUGUAUUCCAGGUUUCAGGAGGGCAGAAGUGCGUUGAUGAAGGUCAUGACAGGGACAAGCGAGUUGUCUGGGAUGGUGAUAUCCUUAGGUAGCAGCGGGCUUUCUGUUGAUGCCUACACAAAGAAGGCACUCCUGAAUUAUAUAAUGGAUUAUUCGUGUUUUUGUUAAGGUUCGAAGUCGAUUUAUCUCUGCACUUUUUCUCGGAGAACAUAGAAACAAGUCGUUAUAGGUUCAAGUCAGGCCUCUUUUGAAUCGUCUGUCCUUGUUUGUCUCUCACCGUCCUUUUGGGAACCAAUCAGUUCCCAAUAGAGUAACAUAGAUGUAUUGUGAACUAGCAUAGCACACCGGCGCAUCAGUUCCCAAUCGAGUAACAUAGAUGUCUUAUGAAUCUCCUUGGAACUCAAGGACGUUGGCUAAUUACGAGUGAAGUCAUGUUAUUCUAGGUUCCCUUAGGCUUGAUUUGGCCUUCUUUAAAUCUUAUGCUCUUUUCUUGGAAGGCCCAUGAGCGGAAUUCUUUCCUUUGAACUUGACAUAUUGACGUUUGAUCUGACUGGUCUGACUUUCUCAAUUGAAUGGAUCAAGAACCCAUAUGGGGAAUUGAUAUCUAAGAGCUUGAGUUUUACCAGACAUUAGGGAAUUUCUCCUCCAAUUGGGUCUUCUUUUUGGCGAGGACCUGGUCAUGAACUAAGCUUUGUGUUAAGGAAUGAAAUAUUACAGUUACACCAUAAUUGUAGUAUGAUGUGUAUAUAUAUCUUUAUUUACUUUGAUCGUUAGCCUAUUGUUGAAUAGUGUAUUGGAUGGGCUAAUUGGUUCCACAUGCCAAAAUUAGAUCUAUUCCUCACGUGUUAGGUUGUUUGUACCCAAACCUCUUUCAGCCUAAUUUUAGUUUUUCUCCUUUAUUUAUCUCUCUCCUCUCUCACGAGUCAAUGGCCCUCUCCUCUCCAGCAAUGUCUUUUCCAGCAAGCUUGGAUCAAAUUGGUUUCAACACGGUAUCAAAGCACCCCAAUUGAACUCAUUCUCCUUUCACCCUUUUAAGGUUCAUUCUUUGGAUGGCUCUUUCAAUGAAUGGGGGAAAUCCGAUUUACAGAUUUUUGAAUGAUCUGAUUCUUCAGUAUGAUCAAAUUCACACAAAUUAUAAGAAGAUAAAAAAAUUAAGAUCUAGAAGAAGUCAUUCAAUAAGUGGUAGAACCACAAACUAUAGAGAACCUACUAUAAGUGGGCAGGACAUGCCUGUGAAAGAUGCCACAAAUGUCAUGGGUAACCUCAAUCAAGAGGUCAAGUCGAGUUCACCUUGCCACUAUGCUGACUUUAGAUUGAGCAACAAUGUUGGAGACAUAUUUUAUUACCCACAUGUUAAACUAAAAGAUGGAUUUAAUUCUUAAGAUCUUCAGAUGUGUGGCGGCAAAAAUCCCACAAUCAAGGUCAAGUUAAAGGAAAGUUUGACCCUAGAGCAUUGAAAUGUAUUUUGUUCAAUAUUCAAACACUAAGAAUAAAAUUAAAUGUUAUCAUCCUUCAUCAAUUAAUUUUUUUAUUUCAGUUGAGCUAACUUUUGUUGAGCAUGAUUCGUUUUUAAAUAUUAAAUGUGUUUCUCUUGAGGUGAGAAUAUAUCGUAAGAUGAUGGUGGGGACCAAGGAGCUAGAAACUUAUUGUUAUUAAUACCAUUUCUUGAUGAAACUUCACAUCUUUCAAUGUUGGAGGUGACUAUACCUACACUAACUCAUGAGAAUAUCCAAAAGGAAAUUGGUGAACCUUUGUGAUUGGAGGAAAACUGAGAAGAUCUACGUAUAACCUUCAGAAAAUUAAAGAGAAAAUAUUUUUGAAAUCAUAAGUAUCCUAUUUUUCAAUUCAUGCCAUUUAGGUGGCUAUCUCCAUCUUAUAGAACAUUUCUCACAUCUCACAAUUCAAUAACUAUUCCAUCAAAUGCCAUUGUCUCAUAGAGAAUGGAAGAAGGAAAUGAAUGAGGAGACGUAAAGCAUUAGAAAAGAACCAAAUGUGAGUGUAUACUAUAAAAUAUAAGGUUGAUGGAACCAUAGAGAGAUAUAAUACUAGAUUAGUUCCCAAAGGAUAUGCCCAAAUGUAUAGUAUGAAUUAUUUAGUCUUUUGGCCUAGUUGUAAAUAUAAAUACAACUAUAAUUCUACUAUCUUUAGUAGUUAAUUAUGAUUGGGACAUACAAUAAUUUGAUAUGAAAAAAACCCUUCUUCAUGAAGAACUUGAUGGUGAGCUCUAUAUGAAUGUUCUCGACUGAUAUAAUAUUAACUCUAACAAGUAUGUUCUAUGCAGACUGAAGAAGUCUCCAGAAUAGUGACAAGAAAUGAUGAGAAAGAAAUGGAACACUUAAGUAUUUAUUAAAAUAAUUUUAUAUUAAGAUGUUAGAAAAAAGAAAAUGUUUCUUAGGCAUUGAGUUGCACUCAAAACAAAGGAUCUUCAUAUUCAACAUAAAUACAUCAUCAACGUCCUUAAGGAAGUUUGGAAGUUAUGACGUAAAUGAAUAAGUACUCCUAUUAAUAUCAAAUUUUACUCAAUACUAUCUUACAUAUGAUCAACUUAAAAAUAUUUCAUUAGUUUUGGAACAUUGUAUAGAAUUAUAAUUGACUUGUUUGUACUAAAAUCCUUCUAAAAAUAAAAAAAAUAUUUUUUUAGUUUUAUAAAUUAUAAAUUUAUAUGAUUUAUUAUACAAUAAUUAAGUCACACCAAGUUUAUAGAGACAUUUUCUUCUCAUAAGAUAGGGGCAUUUUAGACAAAAAUGUGAAACUUGUGACUACUAACAUGAGUUUAGUCCCACAUCAAUUGUCUCUCAAUGUUUGAGACACAUGUCUUUACCUCUUCAUGCCUUUAAUGUACUCUUUCUCACAAAUACAAGUAUGUACGACAACUCUUUGCCCCAUGCUUGAUUGACCUUUGAUGACAUGAAAGGAGAAUGAUGCACAUGUGCUUUGACUGAUACUUAGCUAUUUGAGGCCCCAUGGGUUGUGGCUUCUUUAGCUCAUGCCUUUGACCCACAUGUGGUGCCCUUUAAGUUAGUUGUUGGGUCCCAACUGGUUAGUGGGUCUCCUUUUUUUAUCUUUUUUCGUCAUUUAUCUCAAAAAUAUAAUUAUUAAAUUAUAUAUAUACAUAAAAUUAUAUAAUUAAUAAUAAAAAAAUAUUAAUCAACUAAAUGUAAGUUUAUUUAUCAUGAAUUAAGACUUAAAAUAUAUUAUUAAAUAAUUAUUAACUCAUGAUAAUAAAUUCUUAUUAAAAAUCAAGCAUGCAAUCUAAAUUUAGAGUUAUGCCACAAGACAUAUGUAAAGUAUUAUUAGUGAAAGGCAUUUUAGAUGAUCUUAGGAUUGAUAGACAAGGCCCGAUCAAGCUCUAUUUGGACAAAAAAUUAACUAUUUACAUUGCUCACAAUUUAGUGCAAGAUGAUCAAAUCAAGCAUAUUAAGAUUGGUUGACACUUCAUCAAAGAAAAAUUAGAUUGUGGUGACAUUUCCACAUCUUAUGUCUCCACUCAUAAACAACUCACAAAUAUUCUCACCAAAGGAUUAAGCAGAUUGAUAUUUCAAAGAUACAUGACUAAGUUGGGAUUAAGUGAUAUACACUUACCAACUUGAGGGGGAAUGUCGAGAAAUGAAAUAUUAUAAUUAUACCAUAACUAUAACUUUAUGUGUAUAUAUGUCUUUAUUACCUUAAUAGUUAGACUACUAUUCAUGAGUGUAUCAUAUUCAGCUAAUCAGUUUCACUCGUCAAAACCAUAUAUAAUCCUCUCAUAUUGGGUCAAUAUAAAUGUAUUUACUUGAAUUUAUUUCAACUCUAAUUUUAAUUUCGUCCCUUUCUUUCUCUCUCUUCUCUCUCACAAACCUAUGACUCUCUCAUUGUCAAUGGUGUUUUCUCUAGUAAGCUUUGACCAUAGUGGUUUCAACACUUUGGAUGUAUAGUGCUUCUUGAAUGGUGCCAAGACUUAAUGGUACAAUUUGAAGAGCAUGGAGAAGGGCUCCUUGAUGGAACAUCCACUAGUUCAGUCACAAGCAAAAGUCAACAUAACAAGCAUUCACUAGAGAGGGAGGGAGAAUAUUUUUUUUGUUUUCCAUGUCAUACGUGUGCAUAUUCACCUUGUGUGUUCUACACAUUCAUGGGCCUUCUUCCGGCUGCCAAAUCUCCUGAAAGAGGUUGGCUCCUCUCUCUGCAUGAGAGGAAUGGGCACAUACCAUGUCUAGGAGGGGGGAGUUUUGUUGAUUAAUGAACAUGUGGCCUAUUUCCCUAAUUUAUGUACAUAUCAUCUAGUCUCACUCUAGAAUAAAUGUUCAUCCGUAUUUGACAUGAGGCAUAUGGCAAGCAUAAAAAUGUAGUAAAAUUAAAUUCAACAUGUACCCUUGAGCUUCCCUUGGCUUGACAAAAAAUGUAAAAAAAGAUGAUGAGUUGACUCCAAAAUCAAAUAUCCAUGUGACAUAGGACAAGGACAUUCCAAUCAAAAUGAGUCAAAAAAGUGAAUUAAAGUUGCCCCAACUAGAUUUGGUCCCCAAAGCUCACCAAAAAUCUUGAUGCUAGUGGACUUGCUUGCACUCUAACAAGAUCCUUUAUUACUAAUGAACUACUAAUGAAACAUAAACUUUGGACUAUUGUCCUAGAAGGACUAACAUGACCUAAUCAUUGUAUAAAAAAUCAUGUGAAUAUUAAAUUUAUAAAACUAGAAAUCUUAAUUUUUAAAUUUUAUUUUUUUUAACAUAAAUAUAUUAUUUAUAAUUUGAUAAAAGCUUCAAAAAUAAUAUUUCAGGUCAAUCAUAAGGAAAUAAAAAUAUAUCGACUAAAAUUUUAAAUUUCUCUCAAAAAAUAUUUUUUUAUGAUUUUUAGAUUAAUUGAUGAAGAUAAGAUAUAUUUUAAAAUUCACAAAAAAAAAUUGAGUGUGUACGUUAAGAUGAGAUUAGUGCCUUGACAAAUACAAUUUGGGUGGAAAUAGAGUUUUGCCUGGUAAUUCUUACAUAAGUGAUUAUAGAGGACUUGAUUGAUGAAUUUAAGAUAUCUAAAAGUAAGAAGAAUUUAAAUGUAGUAAAGAAUACUUUAGAAACUUAAAAUCAUACAAAAUAUUACUAGUUUAACUAAAAAAUAAGUUUUAAAACAAGAAAGGUCAUAAUUGUCAGAAUUUUAUAUUUUAGGAUUAUUGUGUAUUGUUAUGACCUCAAAGGGGAUAAUAUCUAAAUCUUCUUGUAAAGUUUUAAAUUAAUGAAAUAAGUUGAUAAAUGAUAUAUGACAACUAUCACUAGUGGAAAUAAGUCAAAUAAAGGUGGGACAUGUCCUAGAAAGUUUCAUCCUUAGGUGAGGUAAUAAGAUAAAGCUCUUCAUCACAUUUAGUAUGUAUGCUUUGAAGAUAUGAUAACUUAUGUCUUAGUAGAAUUUUCUCUUUCUAAUAACGACUCAUUUGUCAAUCAAUCGGAGAUAAUUUUGUUGAUGGAUCCACAAUCUUUUUAUCCGUAAUCAUCCAAAGUUGGUAAUAAUGCUAUAUAAAUUAUGUUGAUACUAUGUUUAUUGAUGAUUGAGUGAUUCUAAUGGCUUAGUCAUUCACCAAGGGGCUCUAUAAAAAGUAUAAUUUAAUCAAAUAAAAAUAUGAGUUAAGAGUUUAGUGGGAUUCAAACUCUUGUUGGUCAUUUGUCUAUUUAAGAAAGUAUUAAUUACACUUAUAGCCCUAUCUAAUGACGUCAUAGAGGUGCUUCUUAUAAAUCAAAGAUAUUUUAGAUAUAAAAAUAUAUAAGACAUCAAUUUAGUCCCACAUCAGUUGUUUCCUAUUGUUUGAGAUAUAAAUAUUUACCAUCAAGUUCUUUUUCCCAUAACCAAAAUGGCUAAGACCGCUUGGGCGAGGACUAAGUUAGGUGUUCUACCUUAACAUAUACAUGAGAGUAGAACUACUUCUUGUCCCAUGGCUGCCUAACCCUCAAGACAUGGAAGGAGAAUGACCCACAUGUGCUCUAUGUGGGUCCCUUGGCUAGUCAAGCCCCUCGAUUGUGCUUUUGAUCCAUGUGUAGGCCUAAUUAGUUAGUGGGUCUCUCAUUUUUAUUUUUAUUUUUAUUUUUAUUUUAUCUUGAAAUCAUCUUUAUAAAAAUUAUCUAAAUUUACACAAUUAGUCAAAAAAUAUAUAUCAACUAUUUUUUUUAAUUUAAUACAAAUAUAAUUUUAUUUAACAUGAGCUAAGGGUUAAAAUAUAUCAUUAAUUAAUUAUUAACUCAUGAUAAUGAAGACUUAUUAAGGGCAACUUGAAUUUUGAGGGAGUGAGAAACUCUUUUUCCUUUUUUUGUUAGUUGCUCUCUCAUAAAAGUUGGUUAUGAAGACCUUUUCAUAAUAGUAGAAUUAGUUGAGAGGAUUAUGUCUGAGCGUAGUUCAUCUUUUUCUCCUCUUCUGUAACAUGUCAUUCUAAUUCUAUGACAUCACCAUCACCCUAUAUGUUGGAGGUCAUCCAUGACUAGGUCAUCAAUUUGAGCAUCCUUCUUAAACCUAAUGAUACAGGUGAUGUUCUAGGGAAACAACCUUGCAUAGAUGGAGUUGAGGUCUAACAUGGUUGAAUCUAUUGGUGUAGGCAUCAACACUGUUUGAAUUAAAUUUUGGAUGUGGAUCAUUAUAAUAGUCUCACCCUUCCCUAGUGGAUAAUCCCUCUCCCUUCCUUCAAUCAUCAUUUUAUUAUUGAAUUAUUCUUCUUAUGAUUAUACUACAACCCUCAACACCUUCCCUCAAAAGAGGAGAUCAACCUACCAAAUGAGCCAGGCCCAAAUCAACAGCUUGGUAAGCAAAGCACACCCAACAAGUGCAGAAGGUGAGUGUAGGCCCAGUUCAAACACUUAGAAGGUGAAUAGGUUAAGUACUGGGAAGAAAGGGGAGGGGAAUACCUUUUGGGAAAGGAGUAGUCUGAGGAAUGGAAUGGUUGUGGCCUACUUCCUGUCAAGAGAGAUUAGGGUUCCGGCAUAACCUACUCUUGGUUUGUAUCUCCUAAACUCUGGUUAUUGUAUUUCAUAUUCUUGUCUUCUUCUCACCACUUUUUUCUAGUUUGUAUCACUAGCAUCAAAGCCGCAUGUCCUAGGUUCCAGCCACCAUGCCUCUGAGGCCUAUAGAGAGAGUUGACCUCUUGGAACCAGAGGUGAAGUCCGUCAAGAAUGACUUAGUCAUGGAACUG